AUGGUGCAUGGGUUGAGAACUAAUCAGAAGGUGUCUGAAGAAUGCAUGGCGAUAAAAACCGAUAUGUCCAAGGCAUAUGAUCGUGUGGAGUGGAACUUUUUGGAGGUGCUUCUUGAGAAGAUGGGCUUUGAGAGAACGUGGGUUAGAUGGAUAAUGGCUUGUGUCACGACAGUUUCUUUCUCUGUUUUGCUGAAUGGGAAUUCACAUGGAUUUAUCAAACCUGAGAGAGGUCUGCGCCAGGGUGACCCGCUCUCUCCAUUUCUAUUUAUCUUAUGCGCUGAAGCUCUGGUUUCUUGUCUCAAUGCGUCUGAGGAAGCGGGUAGACUUCAUGGCAUUAAGCUCUCAGCUUCAGCCCCGGCAGUUCACCAUCUGUUGUUUGCAGAUGACAGCCUUCUCUUAUGCAAAGCGAACAUCUUGGAAGCAACAGAAGUGCUGACAUGUCUUAAGGAGUAUGGAGAUGCAUCAGGUCAGAUGAUUAACUUGCAAAAGUCGUCGAUAAUCUUUGGUUCUAAGGUUCCUCCUGAUGCGAAGGAAGAUAUCAAAGGUAUCUUAGGUAUAGACCAGGAAGGUGGUGAAGGGUCUUACUUAGGUUUACCUGAGUGCUUUAGUGGUUCUAAAGUCAAGAUGUUGAACUUCCUUAAGGAAAAGCUACAGGGGAGACUGAGGGGUUGGUUCUCGAAAUCUCUAUCACAAGGUGGGAAGGAAAUUCUCUUGAAAUCUGUGGCGUUGGCGCUACCUAUUUACGCAAUGUCGUGCUUUAGGUUGCCAAAGGAUGUGUGUGCUAAGCUGACUAGUGCUAUGGUGGAAUUUUGGUGGAGUUCUGGAAAUAAUAAAAAGAAAAUUCCUUGGGUGGCAUGGCAAAAGCUAUGUAAGGACAAAGAGCUUGGUGGUCUUGGAUUCAAGGAUAUUGAGAAGUUUAAUCAAGCCUUACUUGCAAAGCAAGCUUGGAGAAUUUGGUCUAAUCCUGAGUCACUGGUGGCUCGGAUUCUGAAGCACAGGUACUUCGCAAGAACUGAUUUUCUGGAGUGCAGCAUAGGAACUAGACCAUCCUUUGCUUGGCGUAGUAUCAUUCAUGGUAGGGAGCUUCUCUCACAAGGGUUAUAUCACAAGAUUGGCUCCGGGGAGACUACUAGGCUAUGGUCAGAUAAUUGGCUAGUUGAUGGAAGAGCUCGUCCCCCUAUGUAUAGACAGGAUGCGAUUGUUGAUCUCACACUGACGGUGAGUGAUUUGAUUGAUUCGAGAGUAGGAAGUUGGAGUGUGCCAAGAAUUCGAGAACUAAUAGUGGAGGAGGAUGUUGAGCGUGUAUUGCAGACUCCUAUUGAUUUAGCUCGUCAUGACCAGAAGAUGUGGGGUUUCUCAAGGAAUGGAAUCUACAAUUCAAAAAGUGGCUACAAGUUAGCUGAGACUUUGCAGGAAAUGCAGCUUCCUCCCUCUCCAGGUCUUCCUCCAAUAGAAAAAAGACUUUGGAAAGAUCUGUGGCAGACCAAUACAUCACCUAAGAUCAAACAUUUUAUGUGGAGAGCACUGUCGGGAGCGUUAGCUGUCAAAAGUAGAUUGCAGUCGCGGGAGAUCUUGUUAGAUACAACGUGUUCCAGAUGCGGAUUGUCAGAGGAGACAAUAUGCCAUGUCCUCUUCCACUGUGAGGUUGCGAAGAAAGUAUGGACAAGAUCUGGUUUUCCUAUGCCAUCUGGUGGUUUUUCUGUCAACUCGGUGUGGCUCAAUUUCUAUCAUCUGAUGUCGGUGAGCAGGAAAUUACCAAAAGAGAAUGAAGCUCGCCUAGCCUUUCCUUGGAUCCUGUGGCAAAUAUGGAAAGCCCGUAACUCGUUUUGCUUUGAACAAUGGACGAAGGAUGCUGAACUGAUCUUCUCAAAAGCGUCAAACGAAGCUACUAUGUGGCUAAAUAUGUCACUUAUCAGUGGAGACGGUCCUUCAUCGCAAAUGACUAAUCUUGAGGCAAGAAGUAAAUGGCAAAAACCUCCUCCUGGAAUUACUAAGUGUAAUGUAGCAUCGUCUUGGGUAGAUCCCCUGUUGAAGGGUGGAGCAGCUUGGAUUGCUCGAAGCCAUACCGGCAUACCACUGGUGCAUAGUAGGAGUGCAUUAUUGCCUAUGAGUUCUUCCUUUGAAGCAGGGUUGUGCACUCUUCUACGGGCAUGCACGGACAUGCACAACUUACAUUUCAAAAAGGUAAUCUUUGAAAUCUCAUCUCCGCUUGUUUUGGAUGCCAUUAACAACCCUCAAUUGUUCCCGAAUGUACCAAUACUGCUAUCGAAUACGCUUCGCUCCUUGCACCAAUUUGAUUAUUGUCAAGUGGUGUUAGUACCAGAGGGAGUUAACUCAUUAGCGUUUGAGAUUGCCGCUAGUGUCACUACAGGUCUACGUUACCAAUCUUACAUUGCUAGUGGAGGCCCUUCUUGGUUAUCUCCUGCUAUCAGAAACCAAGCACUGCCAUAG